AUGUCUGCAGCGUCACCUUCUCCUUCAGCACUCACUGUGCAAGGGUUUGAGCAUAAUGAGGUCCUGGGAUGGGAACGAAUGACUCUGAAGACGUCCCAAUGGGUGCUUGCAGGUGUAUCUUUCGGUGCUAUCGCUGUAGGCAUUGUCUACGUCUUUUUCGUCAUACUUCAUUGGAUCAUCAACGCUAGACGCCAGAAGAAAUCGUCGACUACGGUCUCGAUCAGCGAGCUCACCUCCUCAAAUGAUAUCGCCAGGGUCGCAGAAAUCUCCAAAAUCGGCAAACAAGUGAAGAGAAAAACAUUUUCGCCCGAAACUAGCUUUGGUGUAUUUCUUGGAGACUUCGAUGAAGACCGUGUCACGGACCAACAGGUCACCAAGAUCACGUCGUGUUGGGAUGUUCUUGUUGUCAACGCCAAAGCGUCGCGUGUUGAACGAGCGGCCAGCGUUUUCCAAAGCACCUUUCGUCUCGCCAGAUUUGACGUGGGAGAGGUAAUCGGAGUAAGUCGUAUGAAGCGCGAUGGGAAGAACCAACUAGAAAUUCAACGCGAGGUCAACCAAGCAAACACAAAGGCUGUUUUCCUCGAUAUUCUGAACACCCUUGAAGCUUUGGGAGAAGCCAACAGGUUUACCGGCGUCGUCAUUGCUCAAUGGGAAGACUACCUCUCAGCAGGCGGUAUCAAUGCGUUGAUAGCGAUAUUUAACGACCUCCCUUUCUACAUCGAGACCAACCCCCCAUACUUCCUUCAAGACUCUCAUGCAUCGCUCCAGCUUCAAGAUGCUGCUGGUAUCAUCAUCAGAAACGGGUCGAUGAUGCCCGAAGCAGUUCGAAGGGACUUCUUUAAGCUUAUCAACGUCAACGCUUCUCUUCGAAUGGCUUCUAAACAGACUAUGGUUCGCCGCGAUUUCCUCUUAGCUGUAUACAACCCGUUUCAAGGCGAUGUGGUUGCUAGCAACGCUGAGCUGAUUCGCUGCGAAAGAUGGUGCUCAUUCUAUGGUAUCAAAUAUUGGAACGGAUCCGACAAAGCCUUACACAAUGCAGAUUUGUUUGAUGGAAAGCACAAGGUACCUCUCGCAGCCUUAGAUUACCUGAAGACGAAAGAAAUUAUGGAUGCUCAACGCUUGUGGGCAAAUGUUGAAGAAAUUGAUAUCACUACCUCCGACCACGCGGAUCGAUUUAUUGUCCAAGAGGCACACUUGUCGAAUAUUAAUCUACCAAUGGAGGAUUCAAAAUCGGUGAUGCUAGAACUCAUGACAGCGGAAAUAAAACGUACGAGUAUCACGGAGCAUGCAUUAACAGUGCCAACUUGGCAGGUUCAGCCUUAUCAAAACAGCCGCCUCGGCAGCUUUGCAGAUAUUUCCCCCUUGGGAGAGAGCUUAGAUGGACUCGGAACGUUUAUGCUCAGCGAAUUUCCUACCCACGAGCAAAAGGAAAUCAUCGCCUCAGCGCAGUCGAAAUUAGCUGGACUUAAGAGCCUCGACCGGGCUUCCGAUGAUGAAAGAGCAGAUCUGGCUCAUAAGUUCGCACAACUCUCACAAGCCAUGAAAAAGGGCCAAAAAUGGGCAUCCAUCGAGAGGAUCGCUCUUGAGACAAUUAUUCGCGGGCUCUCUGUCGAUCCUUCAAGCUCGUCUUUCCAGACGCCUAGCGUUGAGAUCUUCCGCACCCUCGACACAGGAUUAGUCGUUCCCGCGCCGGACUUUAGCACGAACCAGGAGACUCCUUGUCGAUUCAGCGGGGUGUUCAGCCGUAAUGAGAGUGGGAGAACCAUGAUAUUUGUUUCCAGGAUAAGCCACAAUUUCGAACUUUUGGUGCUGCAUACGGCCAUGGCCGCGUUCGGGAUUCCCCGAUCUACCUGUUUUGCCGUCGAAGCUCUUUUGUCGCAGUUACUCGGCCAUAAACUUCGCGUUCCUAGCAUCAGCAAGCGUCUCGAAGAGGAAAUAGCCCAGCUUAGUCCCAACGAGGGUCUUCGCGUCCUCCAGCAUCUGACACGCUGCCCUCAGAUUGCUGCGUCUCCUUUUUCGGAUGGUGUUCUUCAGCUUUUGAGGAGACUACUCCUUGUCGCACCGUCGUCACAACGCCUCAAAGAAAUAUUGUCUCAUGUCUAUUUGAAGGGGGAUAUAUCAGCAUCUGAAUUGGUACAGUGCCGCAUUGAAUGGUACGCUGAGUUUGGUGCAGAAUUACUCCCUGAGCCAGUUGCUGCCAUAGCACUGUUCGAUGAAGUCUCCGUCAAGGUAUACAACGCUUUGCGAGCUCAGCACAGCCACAUCAUGAAAGACCUCCUUCAACCACUGGGAGUAAUCGGCACCCGUAAGCUGACAAUGGCUGAGGACAUUUACAUCACUUCGCUAUUCUGCGCCCUGCGCAAGUGGACCUUGGACGAAGUAAUACUUGAAGCAACAGAUCGGCUUCCUUUAUUCGCCAAUCAUUCAGACCAGGCAGCUGUUUACUCCGAAAUGUGGGUUCUCGGUUCGGAUAUAGAAUCAUUUUUCCAUUGCUCACCCCAGCAAUUCGGCAAAGUAGUGUUCGACAAGUAUCGUGCACAGCUUCAACGCGACGAACCGCCUUUGGAAUCCCACAACGGCUUCGACCUCUUCUCAGCAUAUCAAGCUUCCAAGGUGGAUGUGGAUGAGGAAGCCAUGAGGAAGAUCGACGGCUCAUCAGACAGUGCACACACAAGCUUCCGUGCCAUGGCUUAUUUUGGUGUCUUUGCGAUUCCAGCACUAAUAGAUGUCCUCCUGCUCACAUUCCAUGGAAAAGGCCUUUACAUUUCAUCGGACAUGGGGGACUGGCAGAGUAGAAUGGCGACCCUCGCUCUCCUUAGCGCUCUGAUAUUCUGCGGCGCCAUCACCAAUUUUAUCGGUGUAGGCGGCUCUUUCUACCUUUAUGCCAACACUUAUGCCACCAUGAUCAAUUUUGUGCUCAAACGCCUUAUUUCUGGUCUUUACCUCGUCGCAUUGGGCACUUUGAUCAGCUUUAUAGUUAUAUCAGCAACUCUUGGCCCCCUGAGAGGUCUUAUAUUCGGCUUCUACUUUUUAUUCUUGUCCACCUACUUUGUCUGCAUGGGAGCUCUCUGUGUUUUGCACUGGUCUGGACAUCCACUCCCUUCCGGCAGAACACGAGUCGGCUAUUGUCUCUUGAUCCUCGCUCUCAACCCAAUCUUGACAUCUUGCAUUAAGGGAUAUGACUUGGCAAUCUGCAUGAGCGUUUUGGCCGUUUUUACCAUCAUUUUGUUGGAGAGAACAUUCGAUCUCCUAGCCGUCUGGACCAUGUGGCUUCGAAUCUGUCCGACCCCAGAUGAUGUCGCGAUCAUGGAAUGGUAUGCUAAGAAACACGGCGAUGGCGACAGACACUCUACAUUCGAAGGAGUUCCGGUCCCAACUGCCAUGGAAAUUACCAGAACACAGCUUACUAACGAGACGGAUAUCGAAAUAAAACGGCAUUUCUGGGAGAAAUCCACGACAGACACCUUUGUGGCAGAGCUUGCUCGUGCAAGACAUCUCUCAGUCGCUAUCCUCACGUGGUACUCGACAUAUACAAAGGCCUUCAUGCCCUUACCGUAUACCUCGACAUGGAAUCUUCAACUCAAGGUGGGCCUCAAUUCGCUUCGAAGCUUCGAUAAGGGCCUCCACCCGCAUAACACGUUUAUACUAUGGCGCCACGCAAAGAUUGAGGUUGCCUUUGGUCUCAUAUAUUUCAUCCUUGCACUACUCGACCGUUGGGUCGAACUCUUUUGUGGCGGACAGAUCAUCGGUCUGCUUCUCCUCAAGGAGAGCACGACUAGGGUUGCUAUCGCCCUUGCCCUUACUGUAUACCUGAUCGCUGCCGUCGUCAUGGACAUCAAGGUCUACCAGCUUUAUGUUCUUGUUCAACUCAACACCUCGGGAAGCCUGACAGACACGAAGAUGCUCAAAGAAGCCGAUAUUUCAGACAGAAAGAGCAGGCGCAAACUAUAUGCGUCUUACUUCCUCUCUAUUAUCAUGCUGACAAUGAUUGGGUUUGGUAUCUGCGGUCUCCUAGUGUGGACUUUUGUACCCGACGACGAGGGUAUCGAAAUAUUUGCUGCCUACGCAGCUGGUUAUGCCGGUCUUCUUUGGUAUCAAUACAACAGAGUGUUUGCAAUGAACUCAGCCCUCAAGCCCGCGAUAUUAGCCAUUAUUAUUGGAUUUGGAGCCGGCAUCCCACUUCGACUCAUUUAUCCACACUUCAGAUUCGUGGAUGUUAUCGCGUUAAACGCCGCCACGUGGUCUGCUGCUUUGCUGAGUUUUCCAAAAACCAAAAUUCUACCCAUGACAUUUUCGGGUGGAGCCGCCUCUAUCGACGUCAAAAACAACGAGAAAAACGAGGUGCUUUCUGCCGACGAAAGAAAGCAACAACUCAUUAAGGAGCUAUCGACAAUCCCAGCCUCGCGGCAAUCGAAAACAAACGUCAUCUACAGCGAUGCCGACGAGAAAACCAAAAGAGCCUGGGAAACGCUUCGAUAUAUAUCGGAGGACAAGACGUCUGCUCCCAAUCUCGACUUUGGCCUGCCGCAGUGGCGCAACGUCCUGGAUAUCGCUUCAAAGAAGUGGCUGAACAGGUCGCUGACCGUCGUGAUGGUAGACGAAGACCUCAUUUCUUCAACCCGGGUUGAUUCUUUCCAUUCCAACGAUCCAGACACUGGUGUCGUCGUGAUGCCCACUAAUGUAGUUGAAUAUGAAGGCGGUGCUCAGCUUCACUCCCCGUCGGAAUACGACCUUGCUGCUGUACUUGCAGCAGAAACAUCCAAGCUAUGGUUUGGAUACUCUCGGGAGAGCGCUGAUGCACUAACUUCUGCUUUGUUUCCGUGGAUCAAGAAUGUGGAUUAUUCAUCUACGCAGGCCUCGAGUCUGCACCACGCCGCUCUUGGCCUCGAUGUAGACACUUGUUGGACAAGCCUCCCAGAACCGGUGCGCAAGUUUAUUUACGCUCGUUGUGAGUCCAAUGUGGAAUCUCAGGUCAGCCUCUACAAUGACCCUGCCACUCUCCAAUGGCUCAAGGACCACUGCGCAGCAAGCGAGCUCGAGCCGCUGGCCUUUGUUGCGCGCAGCAACAUCCACCCAGCCACCGCGCACGCCAGAUUGGCCGCAUCCUCCUCAUUGCAGGGCUGGCUGUCCGCAACUGCUACAGCCACCCCAUCGAUCCGGUCGAAGUCUAUUGAUAGCACACAUAUACCAACAAAGACUGAGACGACGUAUCGAUCGGACUUUGCGCAGCCAAAGCAUCGCUUGUCUCCCUGGGCCUGGGUCGAAUCUGUGGUGGAUAGAGUCAUUGGAGGGACCCUCAACUCAAUCGGCAAAUUCAUUUUCGUCAUCUCCUCGGCUGAUCCUGAAUUCCACCGCGAAAUUCACUAUGAACUCCGCAAAAACCCCCUUCGCGUUCCCAUCGUCUGGGUUUUAUCUCAGUUCUAUAUCGUGGCUAAGAUAUUGCACUCCUCCACGAUGGAUAGGUUCAUUCGCAUGAAACGUCCCCAUCUCCAGCCAUUCAUCGAUGCUAGUCGUCAUGGAUACAUCACAAGGGUAUUUGGUGACAGAGUUUCCGUGGAGCACCCCUUAGAGCCACUUACCGGUUUUGUUCGCGUACGCCAUUCGAAUGCGGAUGUUGAGCAGGGGAGCUCGACACCGGAUUUUCAUGACUCUGAGGUGGCUUGCCUGCGAAUCUAUAAGGGCCAUCACCCUAAAAUACCAAAGACAGACCAAAACUUGACAGGUAUCGCGUUUUACGGACCUCGUCAGCGCUUAAUGCGAAAACAGACAUAUGAGAAUGGAAAUCUGAAGGCUGAGCACAGCUUCGAGUACAGAGCCGAAACAUCUAUAAUGCCCAUCGUCAAGCGGCUAGAGUGGUCAGAGAAACACGCUAAUAGUACCGCUAGCCUCUAUGAUAGACACGGUCGAGUUGCUACCGGUGAGCAGACUAUAGGCGGCGUGGUCUACAACUUCACCUACUACUAUGCUCGUAGAUCGGACGACGUUGUCAAGAUCCAGUUUGAGUGCCAAUAUGAGGAUGCACGUGACACUCCUGUCCAAAUCGAGGCUUUUUAUGGCAGUAAGCCCAGACGGAGAUCAGACGACAUCACAAAGUGGCUUCCGGCAAAGCAUCUCAUGCGACUUGUCGUUAAGACCAGAGUCGGUCAGACGGAAGAGACCCACUGGUCAUACCAUCACAACGCUCAUCCUACCCUUACUACUACUGUGGAUGGACAGGUGGUGCCCACGCCGACUUACGCAUUAGAAGAUCGAUUUAAGCUAGCAAAGCCACCAUCAAGAACGAGUUACCUUGAAGAGGACCUUGUGUGGGGAUUCAGGCAUGCUUUGCAUGGCAAACGCGGUCGUCUGUCUGCACUUCUCCUUAGUAUCCUCGGCCUGGACUCACGCCGAACAAAACUCACGACAUGGAAGAACCGAGAGGCGCUGUGGAAGAAGUGGAAGGCCAGCUUCGACAUUGAUGCGGCGGCUGCUGUACACCUUGACGAGCAGUGUCUUCGGUCUGAACCCCUCCUCACGCCAUAUUGGAGAGCACGCGACCGAGGUGAUAUCAAAUCGGCUGUCAAGUAUUUGAAGCGGCACGUCGACGCCGUCGAGGGCGCUAUAGACCUCGCGCCCGAAGUAGGAGGCUGGACUUUCUUGGCGAUCAAGAUGUCGAAUUUAUUUAGCAUGGGACCUGCCGGUGACAUGGUCGUCAACACCCGGUCAACGGAAGCGCUCACCGUAGGCCGCGAUAAUAAUGGGCCCAGUCUUCACGUUCUUGCGACUGAUACUGGUACGUGGCCCACUGAAGGGGGUGGUGUCAGCUGUUGUCGCAGAGACAUGGUGGACAAUCUGAACAGAGUCAAAUGGCACAUCAUUGCAGAAGUGGCCAACGACCUGGGCAUGCCGCGGUUCCAGACGACGAAGAACGUCCAGUCCGUCAAGCUGCUUGCGCAGUGGGGUCUCGACUUCUUCACUGCCCACCACGGCGUCCUGGAGAAUUAUCUCGAUGGUCAAGUCGAGGAACGAAUUCAACUUGUCUCUGAAGAAGAGAUUCGAAGGAACUUCGUGCCAAUAUUGAAGGUCAUGGUCCGGGGUGCUCGUACCAAGAGGUUCUCGAAGGCGGACAUACACGAGGUCACUCAAAUGCUCCUGGACCUCAACUCAUUUUUCGAGCAUCGCGACUGGAGACAAGUGUGGACUUCCGACAUUGUUCGACAGGCGUGGCGCAAGUUCUGGCUUUCUGACGACCUUGGUGGAAAUAUCAGGUCGGCCUCAGACACUCUGAUAAUAGAGCAGCCCACUAUGAGGGAGCUCGAUGCAACACUGGACCUCUACAUGCGAUACAUGUACAUCUUUUCUCUCAAGAUCCCCGACUCGGUCCCGACUGUAUUUCAGGCUACACACCACUCGGUAGGGGCGCUUUACGGCAUCCUGUACAAAAUCAAGCGCGGUUGCACUUUUCAGGUUUGGGACCAUUGUGUCAUCUGGAGAGAGUCAUUGGGUUACCUCAGCGCUUCGCUGUGCAGCCACAAGCCUUUUGUGCAAAAUUCACUAAUUGCAAUGAUGCGAGUCGCAGCUACACUCAAUUUAUACCACGCAGACGUCGUAUUGCCUUGCACCAACUACUUCAAUCCUGGAUGGGAAGUCGAGCUUGGAACGGAAGAAGGUACACUCGGGGCACGUGAGCUCUACCGUCGAAAGAUAGACCCCAUUGUCAACGGAAUCUGUAACAUGGAUAAUUUUGAGCCUUUCAAGGAACUUGUCAACAAGAAGCCAACCGUCACUAUGUUGAGCCACGUCCAAUACGUAAAAGACAUCAAAACCGCUCUUCUUGCUGCGGACGUUAUUAUCAACGAAUGGAAGUUCGACGACUACCAUCUCGAGAUAUACGGCGGUCUCGAUCGUGCCCCAUCGUAUACGGUCGAGUGCCAGGAGCUCCUCGCCUCCAAGGGCCUCCACGGCAGAGUUCUCUUCCAAGGUUACGGUAGUCCCAAGGCGGUGCUCGAAAAGACGUGGCUGUUCAUGAACUCGAGUAUAUCAGAAGGCCUUCCUUUAGCUAUCGGCGAGGCUGCGCUGACAGGGGCUCCCAUCGUAUGUACGGAUGUGGGUGCUACGAAACUCGUCCUACAAGACCCAGAUGACGCCGAAAAACUGUACGGCGAGGUCAUUUUGCCCAACAGACCGCGAGACCUGGCCCGUGCACAGAUUGAAAUGCUUGCUGUCUGCGGGAAAUGGUCCUCUUUUGCGACCGACAAUGGCGGCGAGUUUGUUCACGGUCUUCCCGACCGUCCUACCAGUGAGCAGGUGGCGCAAGUCCAGCAAAGGAUGUACGAUCAGUAUAAGUCUCGACGCGCUCUCGGUCUCAAUAUGCGGAACACCGUUCUACGCAAGUUUGAUGGUGAUAGAUACCUCCGUGAGCACGAGCAGAUGCUGUGGCUCGAGUGGUCAAAGUCGGAGUACUGGCAGUAG